GCCGCUGGCCGGCCCCUGAGUAGUCCCAGACCGGGGGUAGAGGGCAGUGCCACUGGGAGACUCGGCUGGCAGCAGCAGAUCCCGGUCCAGCUCUGGCUCCGAGCCUGAGAAAUGACUCCGCGGACAGGAGAUCGAGCGGCUUCCUGCUGACUCAGUGUGUCCCUGCAAGCCCACUGUCCCGGGCACGGGCACGUCCCUUAAAAGCAGUCGGUUCCCCUUUAAGAGCGGCCACUCGGUGGGGACCUGCUAGAGUGCGCUGGGCUUAGCCAGAGUCCGCCGGAGCCCGGGAGCCGAGGGAGGCGCCGCAGCCGCAGACUGCCUUGGAGGGCCGGAGAGGCAGCAGCUCCCCGGGCAGUGUCCCUGCGCCUGCGGACGGGAGAGGUGCGUGCGUGGUGAGGGGCUCCCCGCCUUCCGCCUGCCCGCUGGGAGGAGGCAGCAUGCUGAGGGUGUUCAUCCUCUACGCCCAAAACACUCUCACCGGCGAUAGCGAUGUCUGCGAUGCCUACUGCUCCGUGGUGUUCCAAGGGGUGAAGAAGAGAACUAAGGUCAUCAAGAACAAUGUGAAUCCUGUAUGGAAUGAGGGAUUCGAGUGGGAUCUGAAGGGCAUCCCUUUGGACCAUAGCUCUGAGCUGCACGUAGUUGUAAAAGACCAUGAGACAGUCGGAAGGAACAGGUUCCUGGGGGAAGCUCGGGUCCCCCUCCGAGACCUCCUCACCACCCCGACUUUGUCUGCCAGCUUCAAUGCUCCACUUCUGGACACCAAGAAACAGCCAACAGGGGCAUCUCUUGUGCUCCAGGCAUCCUAUACGCCUCCUCCUGGAGCUGCUCCCCUGUUCCCUCCCCCUACGCCCUUGGACACCUCUCCUUCCCUGACUGAGAUGGACAUGGGGGCUGGUAUGGGACAUAGCCACGAGGAGACGUGGUCCUUGCUGAGUGAAAGCACCGUGGACACCAGAUACUCCGGGAAGAAGUGGCCAGCCCCCUUGGACACAGGGGGAGAGGAGGACUUAGAAGACCAGGGUCUCACUGGAGAUGAGACAGAGCCAUCUCAGGACAGGAGUGCUCCCCCUGGGCCUGGGGCACCAGCAGCCCCGAAGAAGCUCCCCCCGCACCCACCACCCCACCAUCUGGGGAUCAGGAAGAAGAAAGGCACAGCCAAGAAACUGUUGUCGGACAAGCCUCAGGACUUCCAGAUCCGAGUCCACGUGAUAGAGGGACGUCAGUUACCUGGGGUGAACAUCCGACCAGUGGUCAAGGUCACAGCUUCUGGUCAGACCAAGAGGACAAGGAUACGCAAAGGCAACAGUCCAGUGUUUGAUGAGACCCUUUUCUUCAAUGUCUUUGACUCUCCAGUAGAGCUGUUUGAUGAACCCAUCUUUAUCACAGUGGUCGAUUCCCGCUCCCUCCGGACAGAUGCUCUCAUUGGGGAGUUUCGGAUGGACAUCGGAGCAGUUUAUGCAGAGCCCAGACACGCCUGCCUCCGGAAGUGGCUGCUGCUGGCAGACCCCAACGACUUCUCCGCGGGGGCCAGAGGCUACCUAAAAGUCAGCUUCUUCAUCCUGGGUCCGGGCGAUGAAGCCCCGGUGGAGAGGAAAGAGCCCGUGGAAGACAAGGAGGACAUUGAGGGGAACCUCCUCCGUCCCCCCGGCGUGGCCCUGCGCGGGGCUCACUUUUGUCUCAAGAUCUUCCGGGCUGAAGAUCUGCCCCAGAUGGAUGAUGCUGUGAUGGACAACGUGAAACAGAUCUUCGGGUUUGAAAGCAACAAGAAGAAUCUGGUGGACCCCUUUGUGGAAGUCAGCUUUGCAGGGAGAAUGCUCUGCAGCAGGAUUUUGGAGAAGACAGCCCAUCCUCAGUGGAACCAAAGCAUCACACUGCCAGCCAUGUUUCCCUCAAUGUGUGACAAGAUGAAGAUUCGUGUUAUGGACUGGGAUCGGGUCACUCAUAAUGACAUCGUGGGCACCCAUUACCUGUGCAUGUCGAAAAUAUCUGCCCCCGGAGGAGAAAUAGAAGAGGAGCCGCCCGGCGUGGCCAAUCCUUACCGUGCCUCCUACCUUGAUGAUGGACUGGGUUUCCUCCCCACCUUUGGGCCCUGCUAUGUGAACCUUUAUGGCAGUCCCAGAGAAUUCACUGGCUUUCCUGAUCCUUAUGAGGAACUCAACCUAGGCAAGGGAGAAGGCGUGUCUUAUCGUGGCCGGCUGCUCAUGUCCCUGGAGACAAAGCUGGUGGAACACACUGAGCAGAAGGUGGAAGACAUUCACUCAGACGACAUUCUCCGGGUGGAGAAAUACCUCAGAAGGAGGAAGUACUCGCUAUUCGCCACCUUCUACUCAGCCACCAUGCUUCAGGAUGUCGAUGAUGCCAUCCAGUUUGAGGUCAGCAUUGGUAACUAUGGGAACAAGUUUGAUACGACCUGCCUUCCCCUGGCCUCAACCACCCAGUACAGCCGAGCUGUCUUUGACGGAUGCCACUACUACUACUUACCUUGGGGCAAUGUGAAGCCUGUGGUCGUGCUGUCCUCAUACUGGGAGGAUAUCAGCCACCGGACAGACACGCAGAACCAGCUGCUAAACAUCGCGGACCAGCUGGAAGCCGGCCUGAAUCAGGUCCAUGUUGCCCUCAAGGCUCAGUUCUCCGCAGAAGACCUGGACAGCCUGGUGGCUCAGGUGAUUGACAACCUCAUCUCGGAUUGCAGCCGCCCCCUGGUGGACGUCAGGGACAAGCCUUCGGCCACGCACCUGGACCACUACCUGCACCGCCUCCGCACCAACCACCUGAGCCAGAUCACGCACGCCGCCCUGGAGCUGAAGCAUGCCGGCGCCUGCGAGGACCUCACCGCGGCCCUGGAGCAGGCUGAGGAGUGGCUCCUGCGCCUCCGGACUCUGGCCGAGGAGCCUCAGAACAGUCUGCCUGACGUCGUGAUUUGGAUGCUGCAAGGGGACAAGCGCGUGGCUUACCACCGCGUGCCAGCCCACGAGAUCCUCUUCUCCAGGAGUGGGGCCAAGUGCUGUGGCAAGAACUGUGGGAAACUCCAGACCAUAUUUCUGAAAUACCCGAUGGGGGGAGCGAAGGGCUUCAAGAUGCCAGCCCAGAUUCGGGUUCAGCUCUGGUUCGGUCUCUCAGUGGACGAGAAGGAGCUAAACAAGUUUGCUGAGGGGAAGCUCUCUGUCUUUGCUGAAACCUAUGAGAAUCAGACAAAGUUGGCCUUGAUGGGGACCUGGGGAACUGUAGGCCUCACCUACCCCAAGUUCUCGGAUGUCACCAGCAAGAUCAAACUGCCCAAGGACAGCUUUCGGCCGUCUACUGGCUGGGACUGGGCUGGGGACUGGUUCGUGAGUCCGGAGAAAACGCUGCUCUACGAUGUGGACGCCGGUCACUUGAACUUCGUGGAAGAGGUGUUUGAGAACCAGACGAGACUUCCUGGAGGCCAGUGGAUUUACAUGAGUGACAACUACACAGAUGUGAAUGGGGAGAAGGUGCUUCCCAAGGAUGACAUUGUCUGCCCUGUGGGCUGGAAGUGGGAAGAUGAGGAAUGGUCCACGGAUCUCAACCGAGCUGUUGAUGAGCUAGGUUGGGAAUACGGCCUGACGAUCCCGCCGGACCGUAAGCCAAAGCACUGGGUUCCAGCCGAGAAGAUGUAUCACACCAGCCGACGGCGGCGCUGGGUACGUCUGCGAAGGAGAGACAUCAGCCAGAUGGAGGCUCUGAUGAAGCACAGAAAGGCAGAGACAGAGGGCGAAGGCUGGGAAUAUGCUUCUCUCUUUGGUUGGAAGUUCCAUUUGGAGUACCGGAAGACAGACGCUUUCCGCCGUCGCCGAUGGCGCCGCCGCAUGGAACCCCUGGAGCGGACGGGUGCUGCAGCUGUCUUUGCGCUUGAAGGAGCCCUGGGUGGUGUGGUGGAUGACAAGAGUGAGGAUUCUAAAUCUGUCUCUACCUUAAGCUUUGGAGUCAACAGGCCUACGAUUUCCUGCAUCUUUGACUAUGGGAACCGCUAUCAUCUCCGCUGCUACAUGUACCAGGCACGAGAUCUGCAGGCCAUGGAUAAGGACAGCUUUUCUGAUCCGUACGCCAUCGUUUCCUUCCUCCACCAAAGCCAGAAGACGGUGGUGGUGAAGAAUACCCUGAAUCCCACCUGGGACCAGACGCUCAUCUUCUACGAGAUUGAGAUUUUCGGGGACCCCAAGACGGUGUCGGAGAACCCCCCCAGUAUCGUGGUGGAGUUGUAUGACCACGAUACCUACGGUGCCGACGAGUAUCUGGGGCGCUGCAUCUGUCGGCCGAGUCUGAAUCAGGCACCGAGGCUGACGUGGUUCCCAAUUUUGAGGGGCAGCCGGGCUGCUGGGGAGCUGCUCGCAGCCUUUGAACUCAUCCAGAGGGAGAAGCCGGCGAUCCAUCACAUCCCGGGUUUCGAGCCGCACGCGCUGUCCGGAGUUGUGGAUGAGCUGUGCGCACCUGCCUUCUUCCUCGAGGGCCUGCUCCAAACGACUGGAGACACAGACCUGCCAUACCCUCCUCCCCAGAGAGAGACAAACAUCUACAUGGUUCCACAAGGCAUCAAGCCCGUUCUUCAGCGCACAGCCAUUGAGAUCCUGGCUUGGGGCCUCCGGAAUUUGAAGAGCUACCAGCUGGCCAGCAUCACCUCCCCAAGCCUCAUAGUGGAGUGUGGGGAUCAGGUCGUGCAGUCUUGCGUCAUCAAGAACAUCAAGAAGAACCCCAACUUUGACGUUAGCACCCUCUUCAUGGAUGUGCGGCUGCCCCGGGAGGAGCUCUACUGCCCCCCCAUCGUCCUCAAGGUCAUCGACAACCGCCAGUUUGGACGUCGGCCCGUGGUGGGCCAGUGCACGAUCCACGCCCUGGAGCAGUUCCUGUGUGACCCGUAUGCGUCGGAGAGCCCCUCGCCCGACGUGGGCCCCGAUGACGUCAGCUUCCUGAGCCCCCGCGACGAGGUGCUCAUCGACAUCGACGACAAGGAGCCCCUCCUCCCCGUCCAGCUUGCAGACGGUAUGAUUGGCUCAGCCCCCAUUAACACGGCGUCUUCUUCUCCGGGUCUCCAUGAAGAGGAGUUCAUCGAUUGGUGGAGCAAAUUCUAUGCCUCAACGGGAGAGAACGAAAAGUGUGGCCCCUACCUGGAGAAGGGCUUUGACACCCUCCAGGUGUACGACACUGCGUUGGAGAAUGUGGAGGGCUUCGAGGGCCUGUCUGACUUCUGCAACACCUUCCAGCUGUACCGGGGGAAGACCCAGGAGGAGCUGGAGGACCCGUCUGUGAUUGGGGAGUUCAAGGGACUGUUCAAAAUCUACCCCCUUCCAGAUGACCCGGCCGUCCCCUUGCCCCCGAGGCAGUUUCACCAGCUGCCUGCCCAAGGGCCCCAGGAGUGUCUCGUCCGAGUUUACGUCAUCCGUGCUUUUGGCCUGCAACCCAAGGACCCCAAUGGAAAGUGUGACCCUUAUAUCAAGAUUUCUGUGGGGAAAAAGUCGGUGAGCGACCAGGAGAACUACAUCCCCUGCACUCUGGAGCCUGUGUUCGGAAGGAUGUAUGAGCUGACCUGUACCCUGCCCCUGGAGAAGGACCUCAAAGUCACCGUGUAUGAUUAUGACCUCCUCUCUAAGGAUGAGAAAAUCGGGGAGACGGUCAUCGACCUGGAGAAUCGAUUCCUGUCCAGGUUUGGCGCCCGAUGUGGUCUCCCUCAGACCUACUGCACCUCCGGACCGAAUCAGUGGAGAGACCAGCAUCGCCCCACUCAGCUCCUGCAUCUGUUCUGCCAGCAGAACAAAGCCAAGGCCCCCAUGUACCGCCAGGACAGCGUGGUGUUCCAGGACACAGAAGUCACCCUUGAGGACAUUGAGAAUGGCAAGAUUGCGAAUCCCCACCUGGGUCCAGUGGAGGAGCGGCUGGCACUGGCUGUCCUGAGGCAGCAGGGCUUGGUACCCGAGCACGUGGAGACCCGGUCUCUCUACAGCCCUCUGCAGCCAGACAUUGAGCAGGGAAAACUACAGAUGUGGAUCGACCUGUUUCCAAAGGCUCUUGGGCCACCUGGACCUCCAUUCAAAAUCACACCCCGCAAAGCUAAGAGAUUUUUCCUUCGAUGCAUUAUCUGGAACACCAAGGAUGUCAUCCUGGACGACCUCAGCAUCACUGGGGAGAAGAUGAGUGACAUUUAUGUGAAAGGGUGGAUGCUGGGCUUUGAGGAGCACAAGCAGAAGACGGAUGUUCACUAUCGCUCGCUGGGAGGAGAGGGCAACUUUAACUGGAGGUUCAUCUUCCCUUUCCACUACCUGCCCGCCGAACAAGUCUGCCUGGUGUCCAAGAAGGACCACUUUUGGAGUCUGGACAAGACAGAAAGCAAGAUCCCUGCCAAUGUGGUAUUCCAGAUCUGGGACAAUGACAAGUUCUCCUUUGAUGACUAUUUGGGUUCUCUUCAGCUGGAUCUCAAUCGGAUGCCCAAGCCAGCCAAGACAGCUGAGAAGUGCUCCCUGGACCAGCUGGAUGAUGUUUUCCACCCAGAACAGUUUGUGUCGCUUUUUGAGCAGAAGUCGGUCAAGGGCUGGUGGCCCUGCAUGGCUGAGCUGGGAGAGAAAAGGACACUUGCAGGCAAGGUGGAAAUGACCCUGGAAAUUGUUCCUGAAUCCGAACACGAAGAAAGGCCUGCUGGGGUUGGCCGCGACGAACCCAACAUGAACCCCAAACUUGAGGAGCCGAAGCGGCCAGACACAUCCUUCCUCUGGUUCACGUCCCCGUAUAAGACCAUGAGAUACAUUGUCUGGAGAAGGUUCAGGUGCCUCAUCCUCCUCUUUGUCAUCCUCUUCAUUGUGCUCCUCUUCCUCGGGAUCUUCGUCUAUGCUUUCCCGAAUUACGCUGCCAUGAAGCUGGUGAAGCCCUUCAGCUAACAGCCGGCCCAGCUGCCUCUGGAGACGCCCCCAAGGCUCCCCUCACGCCCAGCGCACCCAGACAGACAGGAAGGGAUGGGAAGGCGGCCUGUCGCCUCGGGACUCCCCACGGCUGGAGCACUGACUGGCCCUUUGGGCCAAUUGGCUUUUUAGAACAAAAUGGAGCUCCAUGGCCAGCUUAUGUAGGGGUGCGCGUGUGCGUGUGUGUGCGUGCAUGUGUGUGCGUGUGGUGCGUGUGUAUGUGUGUGCGUGCGUGUGUACGCAUGUGUGGGUGUGCGUGUGUGUGUGUACGGUGUGUGUGGUGCAUGUGUGUAUGUGUGUGUGCAUGUGCGUGUGUGGUGCGUGUGGAGAUGCUCCUGGCCGUGUCUGUCUGGCAGGACGUGCGGGAGGCUCCCUGCUCCGGCUCUUCUGGCUCUCUGGCCCUCCUCUCUUGCCUUUCCAGCCGCAGGAUCUCCGCGUUGGCAGGGACCCGACGACCCUGGAGCCCGAGCAGCAGGAGGGAAGGGGCUCCUCCACAGGGCUCCCCCCAGGGCUCCCCCUUCCGCUCUCCCUCCCCCACCACCGAUGCCUUUCCCUGUGGGUACAUUGGAGGCAUCCCUGCUCUCUCCUCCCUCUCCGGCCGCCCCUUCUCGGCCGCCCCUUCUCGUCCCUCCUGGCCCUUGUCUGGCCUUCUCAGUGCCGCAGGGACCUCGGGGCUGUCAGCUUGGACAGAAUCCUUGGCAAGAGCUCAGUCUGGGUCAGCAAGCAUUGAUUAGGCGCCCACUGUGUGCCAGGAGCUGUUCCGAGUGAUGGAGAGACAAAGAAUGGAGCCCUCCUCCCUGUCUCCCCUUCCUCUUCCCUCCUCCCUGUCUCCCCUUCCUCUUCCCUCCUCUCCAUCCUUCCUCCUCCCCGUCUCCCCUUCCUCUUCCCUCCUCUCCAUCCUUCCUCCUCCCCGUCUCCCCUUCCUCUUCCCUCCUCUCCAUCCUUCCUCCUCCCUAUCUCCCCUUCCUCUUCCCUCCUCUCCAUCCUUCUUCCUCCCUGUCUCCCCUUCCUCUUCCCUCUUCUCCAUCCUUCCUCCUCCCUGUCUCCCCUUCCUCUUCCCUCCUCUCCAUCCUUCCUACUCCCUGUCUCCCCUUCCUCUUCCCUCCUCUCCAUCCUUCCUCCUCCCUGUCUCCCCUUCCUCUUCCCUCCUCUCCAUCCUUCCUCCUCCCUGUCUCCCCUUCCUCUUCCCUCCUCUCCAUCCUUCCUCCUCCCUGUCUCCCCUUCCUCUUCCCUCCUCUCCAUCCUUCCUCCUUCCUCUCUCUCCCUCUUCCUGCUUCCCCUCCUCGUCUUGCCUCCUCCGUCCUCCCUUCCAUCUUCGGGGAUCUGACGUCCUCUUCUGGUGGGCUCCCCCCGGCCACCCACUCCCUCAGGCCCGCUUGGCCAAAGCUCGUCCUUCCCUAUGUGCGGCCCUGAGACCUGGGAGGAGCGGAUCCUUGAUCUGAGGUCCUGCUACGAGGAAGAGGGAACGUUCUGGAGCAGGAAGCUGAGGGAGGCCUGGAGGCCCUCGGCCGGCCGUCUUCAGCCCCUGGAAUCACCUGGCUCUUGGCUAGACGGGCUCCCGGGCCUUGAGGGACAGGCGUGAUGCUUGGCCCAUCCUCUCCUGGAGGCUUGUGCCGGUUUUUCAAGCUGUGACCUGCCGGGGCGUCCCUGGGUCGGAACCCAGACGGCAGAGCUGCAGGCAAGGGUUCUCGGCCUCUCUCUGCAGCACCGAACCAAAGGAGAUGCUUAAUAAAAGGCUUUUGGAUGACA